GGAGGAAUGUACGUAUUGUUAAAAACAUGUUCGCAAAUACGUGGGCGUUCGCUGACAAAGCGAAACAACAGCAACCAUCGUAGAUCAAUUAUGUGCGAAAGGAUGGCUCCUGAUGGACUUCUGAAUGUCGACGAGGAAGCUGGUCUACCUCAGGAAGGUAUAAAAGGCUGUGUCUAAGGUAUGAAGUGGCUCAGUCGUUCGAAAAACGAUCGAGGGUUCGGAAUCGGUCUGCAAGGACCUUCUUCCACCGCGCGUCUCGAUCUCCUUCGUUCCCGGCGUUUCGUUCUAUCGUGUUCUACUUUGGUGCUGUCCAGUGUCUGGUGAAGCCUUUCGGGACCGGCACGCUGAAUCUCAUGUUCCUGGGAAAGUGACGGAAACGCGUGAAGACCGCGGCGAGAAGAUCAUUGUCGGAGGAACGGAAGAAGAAAUUCGGUCUAAGAGGAAUCGAGCAUCGUCGUUCGCGGAGAGCACAGUGAAGGAAGAAAAAGAAACGCUGAUUCACGUUGUUAUACAGAUUUAUUAGAUAUUAUUAAGUCGCGUUAACGACGGUCGAGAAUUCCGCGGAUAGUUCGCCGAUCGAAUUUCGCUGGGAAAGUCGGAAAUUCGUGGCGAUCGAAGCUGGAAUUUCUCGUCGAGGGUAAAAAAAAGGGGAACACGAAAGAUUCGAGGCGCGUUAGAAACGAGAGAUCUUAGAGAUCGAUCGGGACUCUGUGAUAUCUGCUCUCUCUCUCUCUCUCUCUCUCUCUCUCUCUCUCUCUCUCUCUCGCAAUCGUGUUGUCAGAAAUCCGGGAGCUCGUCGGAUCUCGUGAAAACUACGAAAAAGUGGGCCCGGCAAUCGACGAAUCGAUGAUCCGACGAUCCCGCCCCGUUUAUCGUCCGGCAUCGUCGCGAUCCGUCGAUCCGCACGCCGGUCUCUCGAUCUAAAUCCAAGUCGGCCGUCCCCGGGCGCCGGUCCCGGGAUAUUCGUCGGACGUCGAAGUCCGAAUCCGUGAAGUCCUGCACGCCGGCGAAGUAUCGAAAACGCGUCAAUCUCACGUGCAGGGAGAAAUAUUGAAUAGAAGGGAGAAGGGAGAAGGAGGAGGAAGAGGAGAAGGAGGAGGUCGUGGUGGACAGGUGCAAAGAGAAGGACGAGGAGGAUCGAAGAGGAGGAAUCGUAGAAGAGGAGGGAAAUAUCGUUGGGGGGAGGGAGGUGGAGGAGGAAAGGGAGUAAAGGAGGAAAGGGAGUAAAGGAGGAAUAGAGGAAGACGGAUAGAGCGAACGUGGAAGGAAGGGGGGACGCGGGGAGAGAAUGAUAACGCAGGGAAGGGUAUAGGGAGGAGAAGAAAAAGGGAGAGUGAGGGAGGAAGGAAGGAAAGGAAGAAAGGGAGAGAACGCGAAGUUGGUUCUGGCUCGAAGAGAGAAGGCAAGGGAGAGAAAAAAGGAGGAGGCCGGAUGGUGGAUGGUGGAGCGAAAAAAGGAAGGAGGGAAAGGAAGAGAGAAAGACGGCGAGUGCGAGGAGUAAGAGAGGUGGCUACCGAAGGUGUUCCGGAGGGACAAGUUUUUAGAGUGCACUUGCUCUUCUUCGUUCGGGGGCAGAGGGUAAAGAAGACAGCAAUGGCCGGAUGGUGGUACCUUGGCGGUGCUUUUCUUCUGCUUUUUGGUAUACUCCUCGCUCCCUAUUUGUUCAAGAUGAACUUGAUCAAGGACCUCAGGAUACAGGGGAAUAGCAAAAUGAUUCUCGCUAAUCACUUAGAGUCAAAGAAACGGAAAUUGGGCAAGCUUCCUCCGGUUUAUCCGAACGGCUGGUUCGCACUUUUAGAGAGCUUCCAAUUAAUUCGCGGCCAGGUGAAGCACGUGGCAGCGCUCGGCGAGAAUUUCGCCGCAUUCAGAACAGAUAACGGGACGGUGAGGAUUUUAGACGCUUACUGUCCUCACCUCGGCGCCAAUAUGGCCGAGGGUGGCCGGGUCAGAGGGGAUUGCUUAGAGUGUCCCUUCCACGGAUGGCAGUUUCGCGGUUCCGACGGACAAUGCGAUUACAUCCCGUACGCCGAGAAAGUGCCGCACAUAGCGAGGACAAAGACAUGGAAAUGUUGCGAAGCGAACGGAAUUAUUUUCGUCUGGUAUCACGCGGAAGGAUUAGAGCCCACCUGGCAGCCGCAAACGGUCAGCAAUGUUUCGAAUCGCACGUGGCGUUAUCAGGGCCGAAACGAGUAUCUUAUCAACUGCCAUAUACAGGAAGUUGCUGAGAAUGGCGCGGACACGGCACAUUUAAGCGCUGUUCACGGACCGGCGGUGUUAUCAAACUUUAUCCAUCCGCUUGCGAGGAUCGCCCGACAUUCCUGGACGAACGUCGGUUGGACACCCCAUAGCUCCCUGUCGGAGAAUAAAUCCAGCGAAGUGGACGAGAAGAACAACGGGGAUGAUAUGAAUCACAGAGCUUACACAACGUUGAGGCACAGUCUGAUAAUCUUCGAGAAGUACAAACUCUGGCACCUGGACGUCUACGUCCAGCAAAUCGGUCCAGGAUACGUGGAGAUGAUGAUGGAGACGUUUUUCGGCCCGUUAUGUAUAUUCCAGACGGUGACGCCAAUGGAACCUCUUCUGCAAAAGGUGGUUCAUGUAAUUUACGCCCCGGCACUGCUCUCCCCGUACGCCUUAAUCAUAUUCUUAGGGGAGAGUUUGAUGUUCGAGAGGGACGUGGCGAUCUGGAACCGAAAGAAAUUCGAGAAAAAGCCGCUCCUAGUGAAAGAAGACAGAAGCAUCAUAUCCUAUCGCAGAUGGUACUCGCAAUUCUAUUCGCAGCGUAGUCCCAGUUAUCAUUCCGCCAUGAAAUCUUUACAAUGGUAGCAGAAUGUCCUCUUCGUUACGGUGAAAAAAAUCAUUCCAGCUUCGAUAAGAUUCUACGAUAUUAAUAACAGUCGUAAUAGCAAUAGGAUUGAUAAUUAUAAAUAUAUAUAUAUAUAUAUAUAUAUUAUAUAUAUAUAAAAAAUUAUAUGUAUAUACACAUAUGUUUUUAUAUAUAUAAAUAGAGAAUGUACCAUAAUAUGUAGUCAUAAUUUCAGUAGUGGUUUGAACACGAAAAUGCCGAACAGAAUUUUAUUGAUCAUUUCUCGACACGUUUCAUUGUCUCUCCCACUAGUGAAGUUAUACCCACAUGAUACACUCUUCGUAUACAGAAUACACGACUUGAAAUAAACGGCUCAAGCAUCUCUUUCUAUAUUUAUUAUAUAUAUGUAUAUUUAAUAUUAUGCUAUACGCGUUUGUAGAUACAUUUGAAUGUCAGUUACAAUGUGUAAGAAACAAUGACUUUGCAGUUUAUUUGAUCUUCGACGUCAUUCAAAUUACAUACGAAAUGAUAUAUGUGUAGUAUCAUAAAUAAUGGAGAGAGAUAUUUUUGCGUGUGAUUUAUUUUAGGUAAGACGUUCUGUAUAUAUUUGGAUGAGUCACAAAAAGCAGAAGGCAACUAUGUAUUUUGUACUAUAUACCUGUGUACCCGGUGUUGACUCGAUGACAUAAAUACACAUAUGUAUAACAUCACGACCGUCGAAUAAUUUUGAACUCUGAAAUACAUAUUAAUAUAUUACUAAAAAAAAUAGAUGAGAAAAUAGAAAAUAAAAGUAUACGUUCUAAAUCGAUUUUCUCAAAUAAGAUUGUAUAAUCGUAGUUUGUGUAUAUAAAUAUAGAUUCAAACUUGUAAAACUGUUUUGAUGUCAUAUUUUUUUCCAUUGUAAGUGCAAUCUUUAAAGUCGCCGUGAAAUUUAAAUAAAAGAAACAUGUAACAACACUUCUAUAAUUAAUACAAUGUUCUCCAGUUUUUCUUCGAUGUUUAAAUCUACACAAAAAUA